UACACUUCUCCCCUCUUUUUUUCACGCCACGAAACCGCGUUCGCCGCGAGACAGCUUUCAGUUGGAUUAUUCAAUUGACUUCUUCAAAACGUAUAUCGAUACGCAGAGGUUUUACGCCGGCCACAAGUUGGAUUUCAAACAUCAAAGUUGUGCCGGCGGCCCUGGUUCCGGUGGUGGUAGUGGUGGCGCUGCUGGAGGAGUCGUCGUCGGCGGCAAUACCAACUCAGCCACACAACAUCAGCAACUAGUAAUCAGCAGCGGCAACAGCGCAAGCAACGGCAGUAGUAACAGUUCGGCCCUGUCGCUGACCCAAAACCACACGCACGUCCACAGCAGUCACGCCCACACUCACGGACAAGCCCUAGCGAUCACACACGGACAUCACGCCCUGUUGCCGUCGGUAUCCGUUUCGGUUCCCCAGCAACAACAGUCGCAACAGCUAUCGACAGGAGUGGGAGCACCUCUGCUGCAGCAUCAGCAGCAGCAUAGUCAACAACAGCUGAUCAACAGCAGCGGAGUCUCCGUUGGUCCGACUCUGUUGAUCGGCAACGGACCGAGCUCAUCCGGAACGGGAUCAGGAUCAGCCGCAGUCGCCUCGAUACCACAAGUGGCGCCACACAGCCUUGGUCUCAGUCCGCAGUCCAGCGCUGACUCGCAGCAGUUUAACAUUUUCCCGGCGAUCUUCAGUCGGCAACUGAACUUCUCGUCGGGAGGGCAGACAGGCAAGCUGAGCAUGGAUGAACUUCGCCCAAAUCUGGUAGGCGGGUUAUUGGGGCUGCAGCAGGGGUUGCUCGAGGAUCAUGCCAGUAUGCAGCAUGGAGCCGUCCAGGACUCCAAAUUUAUGUCGUUCCAGGACCAGCGGUUAAUGGGUAUCGGCGGCGCCCAUGAAAACCGUCUGCUCAGCCUCGCUACGUCAGUACAGGACACGCGUUCGCCCAUCACCCCACUGGACAAAUCGUCCACGUCCUCAUUAAACCACCAAAGGAAGUGCAGCAGUACGCCAGAGGACUUCAGUGCCCUAUACUCUGGCCUACCCACACCUGGAAUGGACUCAUCCUCACAUCACCACACUCCAGCCCACACGCCACCCUCACGACUCUCCGACCACACAAUAUCGGGUGAGUGCUUCUCGGAAGGUGCAUUCAAGAAGCUUAAGCCGGAACCCAACAACGGGCUCUCAACAGUUUCCGCCGGCAUCACGUCGCCCGGAAGCGGAUUAUCAACGCUGAGUCAGCACGUUGGCCACACCCCAACCACAGCAUCCUGCCCUACGCCAGCCAGGCGGAGACAUCGAACCACAUUCACACAGGAACAAUUAGCGGAACUGGAAGCAGCAUUCGCCAAAUCGCAUUAUCCGGACAUUUACUGUCGCGAGGAGCUCGCGCGUACCACAAAGCUGAACGAGGCGCGGAUUCAAGUUUGGUUUCAAAAUCGACGCGCCAAGUAUCGCAAGCAGGAAAAACAGCUUCAGAAGGCAUUGGCACCAUCUGUAAUCCCAUCUUGCAACGGAAUGAUGCGAAAUAUUCAGGGCUAUAGUGUUUCGCGCGGGUAUCAGCCAUAUCCCCAUCACAAUACCAUGAAUCGGUAUCCUCAGGAUCUUUUCCAAAUGGGCGCCUCUUCGUAUCCGGGAAUGGCGCAACCGUUCUCAAUGGCGCAUAGCACAAAUAUGGGUUCUGUUGGCGUGCGUCAGGACUCGAUGGGCAUGUCCCCGGAAGAUGAGUGGUACAACAAGAGUCUAUCUGCCCUACGGAUGAACUCGUCGCAUCAUCCGAACCUAUCGGCACCAAUGCUUCAAUAUCAGACAUAAUCGAAAACUUUUGACGACUUCUUUUAAAAGAUCGUCAAAUGGUGUCCCGCAACACACGCAUGUAACCGUGAAUAUUUCUGUAUAUAUACAUGCAUAUAUCUGUGUAUAUAUGUACAUAUAUAGUCAAAUACGAGAUUAUGACAGUCGGUAGAUUCCCGGCUCGUCCAGGCUUUGGAAAACAGAUCCGCAAAGAAACCCGAGUCGAGCAGAUCGC